AUGAAUGCUGAAAGAAGAGGCUCGACGAAAGAAUUCCCUUACUUUCGGCCGACGUUCAGCCCACAGUUUCGACCAGCCAAGGGCUUCUUCUAUGAUCAUGCCUCGCCGGUCAGUGAGAGGGCGCACAGAGAUCGUUUUGUCACUGGUGGGACUCGCCCGCGAACUGGUCGAUCCCCCGACGGACGGGAGAAGGAGCCGAGGAGCACAGUGGAGGACCAGGCUUCCAACGUGCUUCACCUUGUGCUGGAGAACAAGAUCAGCGACGACCGCUUCCUGACCUUCGCAUGCGCCGCAUCGGGGGAGCUUGACGAGGCGCUGUGGAGGGAGGCAUUGAAGAUUAUGCGGCACAGGCAUGUUGAGCCGAGGGACAGUCACCGAACGGACUCGAUCCAUCACCGGCAGAGAAAGGCCGUCAUCAAGCACAUCAUCCGCCCUCGGCUGGGGGCGUCCGAGGCGCUCGACGAGGCUUGCGAUGCUGUCGCCUUCGACUUGGAAUCUCCCUUGCGAGCAACUUCCAUUGUAGGCUCCCCGUAG